AUGUAUACCGCACGAGACAGGAAUGAUAAUGCGAUGAAGAAAAGCCAUAACGUUUCUCAUCCCAAUUGGCAUCGCGUACUACCCAAAGAAGAUGCAAGACUGUCGCAGAAUGCCCUCUCACCUGAGCAAAGAGAGUCUGCUUGGAACCAACUCCACAACUACUUAUGCUCCUAUAAAAAUACAUUUCUAGGUUUUCAGGUUAACCAAAGUUUUGAUGCCGAAAGAAUAAAACCAUUUUUGGAUAUUCCACUCAACAAUGAUGGCGAUCCGUUCUCAACAUCAUCACUAAACGCUUUGAACUCUAAAGUCAUGGAAUGUGCCGUUCUCGAUUAUUUUGCAGAACUAUGGGGGAUACAGCAAUCUUUUCCUCUAAACGAUGAACAACGCCAAUAUUGGGGUUAUAUUACGGCCAUGGGCAGCAGCGAAGGCAAUCUUCUCGCUUUCUUCAAUGCAAGGGAUUAUUUAGCCGGCAUGCCGCUAAACAACCUCAUCCCGGAACUUGAUAGCUGCAAAGCGAUAGUUAAACGUAAUGAAACUCAACCAAACUUAGGAAAUAAAAGGCAUUCUAUGAGUAGUGGAUCACAGAGUCGCCCCAAGAACUCAUCUGUUCCAUCUUACGAUCAUCGCAAUGACGAGGUGCCUGACACACAACUAAAGGACAAUCCUAACAACUUUACGCCAGUUGUGUUCUUUGCUGAAGGAAGCUAUCACGGGUUUGAAAAGGCAUUACGAGUGUUACAGAUGAAAACAUUCUGUGAUAUCGGCAGUGGAAAUUUUCCUUGUCCGCUGAAAUAUCCAGAUGACUACCCAAGCAAUUUUAGUCACGAAUCCCUUGAUCAAAACGGUUGGCCACGUGCAGUGCCCGUAGAAGCAGAUGGCUCGAUUAGCGUUCCUUGUCUCGUGAAACUCGUCACCGCCUUCGUAUCGAGAGGCUUUCCUCCGCUGGUAGUCUUUACAUGUGGUACCACAUUUAAAGGAGCUAGCGACAAUCCACAAGCUGCCAUCAGUGAACUUGUGCCACUUUUGAAACAACAUAGUAUGUAUGAACGCCGUGUAUAUGAACACCCAACUAAAUCCGAUAUUCGCAAUGGAUUUUGGUUUCAUAUUGACGGUGCCUUCGGCGGAGCCCAUAUCCGGUUUCUUGAAAUGGCAAUAGAUCAAAAUUUGGUUCGUAAUAUGUUUCCAAAUGGUUUUCCCGUGUUUGACUUCCGUAUUCCCGAAGUGAAAUCAAUUGCAAUGAGUCUACACAAGUGGUUUGGCUGUCCUGUUCCUGCCGCAGUAUUUAUGAUGAGAAAGAAGGAUCAAGUGAGACCUCUUGACAAACCUUUGUAUAUUGGUGGUCUCGAUAGCACUCUGUCUGGAUCUAGGGGCGGACACAGUGUAUUAUUCAUGUGGGAUCUGCUUUCAAAGAAAUCUUACGAUGAUUUUAAAGAAAUGGCCGUAGACGGAGUGCAAAUGGUGGCUUUUUCACUGGAAAUGUUACAAGAGCUCCAAGAGGAACUUUCCUUGGACUUGUGGGUGUCACACACACCCGGUUCAUUGUUUGUUUAUUUCAGACAGCCAAGGGCAGAUAUCGUGCGCCGUUAUUCUUUGGGUUCGAAACCGCUGAAAGUAAAAACUGUGGAUGGUACGUUUGAAGAAAGGAUCUAUUCCCAUAUUUGUCUCAUGCCACAUGUAACCAAGAAUUUAGUUCUGCUGUUCAUCGAAGAAUUACGAGGAGUUGGAGCAUGGGAAUGCUUUCACUAA